AUGGCCGCGACCCCUAAUAGCAAGCGAGCUCGGCCGACCGUCAUUGACCUCACCAGCGACGACGAGGACGUCAAGCGCCCUCGCACCACAGUGGACGCCGACCUCGCCCCUCCUCCCCCAUGCGAAGCCAUCGUUCAAGCCGCAGCAGCAGGGGAUGCUACCCGACUGGAGGAACUUCUGCAGACGUUCGAGGAUAACUUGACGGAAGCCAUGAUGGCUGCAGCUGCUAAUGGCCACUACGACUGCGUCGUGCUGCUUCGAGACGCGCUAUGCGAACCCGAUGACGACGAGAAACUCCUCGAUAUUCCAGGACGAGAAUUAAUCUCAGAGGCUGUGAUCCCCGCCGCUAGAAAUGGCCACGCAGAGGUGGUAGACUUCCUGCUCUAUGCGCUGGAGUGCGACGGAGAGAUCAAUGAAGAGUUGUUUUGGGCGGCAUUCCACGUGGGCGCUGCACGCGGAUACCUCGAUAUUGUGAAACUUACAGCUGAGCAAUUGAUUUCGUCCGAAGAGUUUGAUCGGGAGUGCACUCCUGCACUGAUAAAGGCAAUCGACGGUGGGCAUGCUGAAGUGGUGACGUUUCUGCUCGGUUUGGAGGAUUUUCAUUGCGACUUUGGCAGCGCGUUUGUGGAGGCGAUGAAUAAGGAGCAGCACGAAGUUGCUGAACGCAUUUAUGAGCUCUAUUCGGAGCUGGAUGAGGGAGAAAACUUGUUUGUGGAAAUGGCGGGGAGGGGACGCAGAGAUGCAGUCGAGUAUAUGCAUUCCAGAGGGCAUAUUGACUCGCAACUGAUAAGCAAGGCUCAUACCCAAGCAACCGCCAACAACUGCCCCUCUGUCGUGAGCUUUUUGGUCGGUACAGGCCAAACUUCUCUUGAGGGGGACACCGAGACGCCGCAGUAG